CAUCCUCAGGGAGAUGGUACACAAUCAGCAGCGGCAAAGAAUGAAGUCGUUAACUAAAUAUCUGGUUUGAUUUCAUUUUUGGUAUCUCUGAGUAUCUGUGUGAGAUCCCAGCUAUAAUUGUUGAAUGCAGACCAAGUGAAAGUCAUUCGAAGAUGGAUGACUUCAGUGGUCUUGAAUAUGCCCAUGAUUCACUUGUAGACAAUGAUGUUAUCUCCAAAGCCAACAACCUUCUGAGUCAGUUUAACCUCCCAACGAAAGUAACUGAACUCCAGGACAUCACCGCUGCCCUCUUUGUUGUCUUGUAUGAAAGUCUUUUCAGUGACAGACUGCCAGGCAUUGUAAGACAGCCUGUGACACGUGAAGAUGAAAUUCAUAACUGCCAGAUAGUGAUUGAUGUACUAGCUGCUGAUGUCAUUAAGGACAGUCUCUCACACAUACGUGGUAUUGAUAUUGUGGAAGGAAAGGUGCAGGCCAUCAGCAAUCUAAUUGACAUCUUUAUUUUCCUCUUUGAGUAUGUCAUCAAGCAGAUUGAGAGUGAUGCACCCACAGACACUGAAGAUGAUCAAGCAAAGGAAGAGGCACCAUUGCAAGCACUUGAUGUUCUAUCAAAAGAGAAUAGUGAGACUAAACACAAUGAUGGGAAUGGUGCAAAGGUCAUAAAAAGUACAGAUGAUAACAGAGAUGAUAACAGCUGGUCCAUAUCUUCUGAGGUGGAUGGUUCCAAGAAGACAUCAGGAUUUCGUGCGCAGGGAAAAGAAAGAGGAUACAGAACAACUGCUCCUGCCAAGGUGAUUUAUACAACAGCUCCCUCUCCCAUUCACCCUGACGGUGCCAGUUCCUUGCUUGAACAAGAAACAAUCAAUUCAACACAAGAGUUGAUUCAGGAGGGUGAGAAGGUACAGCUAAAUCUUCAGAAGAAUCAGCAACCUGAAGUUAAGGUGACUUGGGAAGACCCCAGGAAGGAUGGUGUUGCAGAUGGACAGUUUGAUUUCAUUGGACGUAGACCAGCAUGUUUCAACUCAGGUGGGCAGCCCAAUAAAUGUCAUGUUCCAAGAUCAAACUCCAGGAACCAUGGUAGCCGCCAUUACACGUUCACACAUCAUCUCAUUUACCAUUACCCACAAGAUAUUAUGGCUUCUUCCAUCACAGCAGCAGUUGUGGGAACAUGUUUACCACUGAAACCCAGUGCUGCAGGUGCUAAUUUUCAUAGUGGCUCCUCCAUUCCCUCCUCUGCUUACCAACACUUUAGUGAGAAUGAAUUAAAUAUGUCUGUCUCCAUGCCUGUGCCAAAGAGACCAGUAACUCCACAGCAGCAAGAUAAGUUGCGUACAACCAUUGGUCCCAUCAGCUAUCACAACUGGAUGACACCUGAGAAGCCAUACCACCAGAGUAUUUAUAAUAGAGAGGAAGAACAAGGGGAAGGUAUCCCUUCAUAUGGAGACCUUCAUCAACUGGUGCAGCGCACAGCAGCCCUGACACAGGCAGCUAUUGAUAGAAGCCCAUUGCGAAUGAACAGCAAAAGAUCAACACCAGGCAUCACAGACAUAAGUGCUCAAGGAUGCCAAGUGCCUCCAUCAGAAGCCAUGAAGCUAGCACAUGAGCUUAACAAGUUUCAUCUGGAUCCACCCUGUCAUCUUCCUCAGCAACAGGGUGAUAUAGAUGGAGUGGCCGCAGAUAAGGUUCUUAGCAGAGAGAUGUUGUCUGAUCAGCAGCAAAAAUCUGCAGUAAAGAGUUCCAGAAGAUCUGUUAAAAUGCGUUCCCAAAGAGAAGAGACUGAACAUGAGAAGCAUAAAAUAAAAACGAAGGCAGACAUCUUUACAGUGAAGACAACACAGAAAUGGGAUAAAGAUUCGAAAGAAUCUGAAAAGUUAAAAAGUGAGCAGAGGGGAGUUUCGUCAGGAAGAUCCCACACGAAUGACUCUGAAUCAGACAACCCUUAUUCUCCUACACGGAAACAGAGGCAUCAUGACAUUGUGGACGAUGUUCUUAGCUGUGAUUCUGAUGAACUGGUAGCUGCCCUAAGAGAGCAAGCAAGAGGGCAGAUUAAAAAAAGAUUGCUGUUCCAGAAACUGGAUAGAAUGGGCGAUGAAUCAUUGUUUGAUAUACAUUGCCAUCUGGAUACUGAAAAGGAUAUUGCAAGAAAAAAACAAAAUAUUUUGGAGAAAAUGUAUGAGGAGGAGUAUGAGGACAUUGCCGAGGAGGUUGAGAGGCGCCUGAAGGAGGAGAGCAAGUUUUUGAGCAAGCUGGAAGAAGAAUACAAGAAAAUGUUGAUGGCAAGGAAAAAACCUAAGAAGACUAAAAGUUCAACCAAGCCUAAAGGGUACUUGACAGCGGCAGCUCCAAAGAAGCUAAAAAUCUCUUUUCAGUCAAAGAGUUCCAAUUCCAAUGCCAAGUGCCAGACUGACAACACUGAUGUUAGAGCUCCAGCUGCUGCUGGUCGAUUGUUGAUCUCAGAUGAGGAUGACCUAAUGCCCCUGUUGAUGAAAGAGUUUCCUCAUCUGUAUAUUUCUGACCACACCUGGCAUGAGCUGUGGCGAAAAGGUAUUUCGCAGAUUGAAGGCCUCACACGAUCCUAUGAAGAAAACAAGAGGCGUAAGAGCAAAGUACAAAAACAGUUGGAGGAAGCUGCACAGAAGCAUGAAGUUCUUGCACAGGCUAUCAAGAAACAAAUGGAGCACAGUAAACGUCUGCAUGACAUCCAAAAUCAGAAGGCUCAACAAACAUUGAUGAAAAAUAAAGUGCACGAGAAGCGUCUGCAAUCUGCCCGAACACGACGCUACUACAACGACUAUCAAGUUCGUACUCGUUCCAAGAUGCUUAAGCGCAGAACCAAAGAAGAAGCGAUCUUCAAAAAUCUGUUCAAAGAUGGAUUAAGUAUUCAAAAAGAAAGAAUCCUGGAAAUGCGACGGUAUGCAAAAGACCAGAGAGAAAAACAGGAUCAAAGGAGGCAAGAUGAAAUUGACUCCUUGGAGAACUAUUAUCGUGAUCAGUUUGACAUGCUAGUGCAAAAGGUUAUCAAUGAGCGACAGGAAACUUUCAUCAGGGAGAAAGCCCAGAAAAAGGUGUUGGACGAUAUGAAGCGUGAUCUUCGGCGCAGGAUGGAGACUGAAAUCGGAGAAAUACAAUCACAACUGUUCCGUGAUGAUGAUGAUGCUUAUUUCCGACAACUGGAUGCUGAUUGCCUACGUCAUGGACUGCAGAUUGCAAAGUACCAAACUCGAGUGUAGUUCUUUGAAAAGAUUUAUACUUGGGUUGACCUAUAUGUUUCAUUAAGUUGCUGAUUUGUUUAAAAUGACAUUUUAAGGCAUCCUAAUAUUGAAUAAAAUCUCCUCAACUCAU